AUGAGUAAGAAAUUUGAAUGUGUACGAGUUGUAAUAAGAUGUCGUCCUUUAAACGAAACUGAAAAGAAGGAUGGACAUGUUUGUAUAGUAAACAUGGACACUAAGAAUGGGUAAGUGACUGUGAGAAAUCCAAAAGUAGUGGAUGAAGUACCAAAAUAGUUUACAUUUGAUUAAAUCUUUGACACUUAAUCUUAAUAGGAAAAUGUGUAUAAUUCUACUGCUUCUCCCAUAGUUGAGAGUGUAUUGGAAGGAUAUAAUGGAACCAUAUUUGCUUAUGGUCAAACAGGAACAGGUAAGACACAUACAAUGGAAGGUAAGGAUGAUCCUCCUACUUCGAGGGGAAUAAUCCCUAGAACAUUUGAUCAUAUAUUUUAGAGGAUUGAGAACAUGGCUAAGAAUAAAUAGUUUUUAGUGAAGGUUUCUUUUUUGGAAUUAUAUAAUGAAGAGAUUCGUGAUUUACUUUCCAAAAAUAUAAAAAAUAAAUUAGAUAUUCGUGAGAAUCCAGAAACAGGAAUAUAUAUAAAAGAUCUAAGUAAAUUCAUGAUAGAGAAUCCUUAAGAGAUGAGAGAGAAAUUAUUACAUGGUAGAGAGAACAGAGCAGUUGGUGCUACAGCAAUGAAUCAGGAUUCAUCUCGUUCACAUUCAUUGUUUUAGAUAACAGUUGAAACAAAUGAAAUUGUGUAAGGAUAAAGUCAUGUGACUGUAGGCAAAUUGAAUUUAGUAGAUCUUGCAGGUAGUGAGAGAUAGAGUAAGACUCAUGCAACAGGAGAUAGAUUGAAGGAAGCCAUCAAUAUUAAUUAGUCUUUAACAACUUUGGGUAAUGUGAUUAGUGCAUUGGUUGAUAAUAAAUCAUAGCAUAUACCUUAUAGAGAUUCAAAAUUAACAAGACUAUUGUAAGAUUCUUUGGGAGGAAAUACAAAGACAGUGAUGAUUGCAAAUAUUGGUCCUGCUGAUUACAAUUUUGAUGAAACCAUAUCAACUUUAAGAUAUGCUCAUAGAGCCAAAUAAAUUAAGAAUGAACCAAAAAUUAAUGAGGAUCCAAAGGAUGCUUAGAUUAGAUAAUUUUAAGAGGAAAUUAUGAAGUAUAGAAAUUAAUCAUAUAUUUAAGAUUGAAAUAGUAAUUGGAAUUAUCAAUUGAAGGUGGAGGAGGUGUAAUGAAUCCUGGAUAAGAAGUGUUAGUAUAAAAGGUAGUGAAGGUUAAGAAUGUUGAUAAGAUAAAGGAAGCUGAGAAUAUAAUAGAGAGAGAGAAGGAAGAAUUAAAAAAGAAGAUAGAAGAGGAAAGAAGGAAGAUUGAUUAAUAAAAAAAUUUAGGUGAAGAGGAGAAGAUGAAAUUAUUAAAAGUAUAAUAAAAUUAUAUUAUAAUUUAGCAAUUACAAGAGAAAGAGGAAUAGGCUAAUAAUGCAAGGGAAUCACAAUAAAAACUAAUAAAAACUAUUUAAAAGAUGGAAUAAAAAUUAGUAAAUGGUCAUACUGAAGUUGAGGAAGCAAGAAAAAAAGAGAAAGAAUUAGAAGAGGCAAGGAAAUUGAUUGAAAAAGAGAAAGCUGAAGCUGCAAAGAGAGCUUUGGAAUUAUAGAAGAAAGAAGAAUUCAAUUUAGAAUUAUAAACUAAAUAUAAUUCAAUUAAAGAAGAAUUAGAAGAUAAAACUAGAAGAAUUAAGACACUUUAAUAAAAGACUCGUUAAUUAGAAUUUGAGAAUAAAGAGACUGAUGAAUUCAUGGCUAAAGAAAUUGAAGAUUUAUAAAUAAGAAAAAGAGAGAUUUUAUAAGAAGUUAAAUUAAAAUAAUUUAUUUUGGAUUAUUUUAUACCUCCUAAGUUUUUAGAAACAAUGUAGAUGUUAGCUUUAUAUAAUGAAGCAGCUGAAGCAUGGACAAUAUAAGGUUUAGAUUAUUCUGGGAAAUUAACUAAAACAUAAAUAUAAUAAGCAAUCUAAGAAUAAUAGUAAAUAAAUGUGACUGAUCAAAUUAAUAGUGAUGAGAAAUUGUAAGAAUUAUUAAAUCAUCCUAAUGUGUAUUUCGCUUACACAGAAGAAGGGUUAAUAAGAGAGGAACAAUUAGCACCAUAAGAAAAGAAAAAGGUUUAAAAGAGAUUAUAAUCUGCCAAGAAACCAUAAUCAGCAAAAAAGAGACCAUCAUCUAAAAGAAUUGAAUCUGCCAAAAAGAGUGUUAAUUUAUAAGAGUAGAACUAUCCAAAAGCUAAAGGACUUACAUCUAAAUGAGG